CAUAGCCAUAGUUGGCCAUCCCGGCUUACUCCCUACAAAAGCAGAAUCUCCGCGGCCCGGAAUUUGGGACGGCAUAGAUAAUGCUAACAAGCUUCACGAGUUAUCGCAAUGGUCAUACAGCCCUAGCGUAAUGGCAAAAAGCUUGGCCAAAGGACCGAAAGUAUGUCUCAAAGGCCGAAAUAAGCUAACGACGAAUGAUUGCAGGAUCAGCCACACCUCCCUGGAAUGCGGGAUUUUUCGGGGAAGCAAUGAGAUUCGAUCACCAUGUUACACCUCAGUAUUAGUGAUUGUUUUUGUUUUCCAAAUUAUUCGUUACCGCUCGUGGCUAUGGUGUCGUGUCCGGACCGAAAAUAUUUAUGGAACGUUGCUUAUCUCCCGGAACGACAACUCAGGAUCCGCCGAUAAGCCACUAAUAGCAGCUACACAGAUCUCCGCGGAGUUGCUGCAGUUGGUCUGUGUCAGGGCAUGUUGUUGAUAACGGAGACUAACGGGGAGAACAGAGACUCCCUUGUUAGGGCUUGUGAAUCAUGACUUGAUAGUCGCCGCAUCCUCGUGUAAUGCUGCGUCACGUCGGUCGUGUGGCUUGAUGUAUAUGAGUAGAGGGGGUCCCGUGUGCGCGUAGA